AUGGUUCAGUUGUCGUUUCGUCGUCAGAAUUACCUGGACCGAUUUCGCUAUAUCUUCCAAAAUCCAAGUGACUCAAGAAUAGGGUCCUGUCCCCGUGAACCAACAGAACGACAUCCUACCUACCAUCAGGCGGAACCGCCAACGGUGUUGGCUGAUGUGUUGGCGAUACCAACAAGGGAUCACCUGAGAGCUCUACUCGUCUAUGGGUCUGGAACUCGUUAA